CGCGUUCUAUAGACUCAUUCCGUGACUUAUGUUCUGCGUCACUGGGGACUGAUUGGUUGCGGCGAACUUUGUGUUUUGGCGGGGAACUGAAAGGGAAAUGAUGGUUGCCCCCGUUUACCGAGUUCCAAGCUGCUGUCAAUUUUGUGAUCCCUCCCGUUUAGCUUUUUGCUCUUAGUCCUGUGAUGACGUACGGACGGAAUCGCUUUCUUACUGACUAUAUUAUUGGCCUCGGUAGUCGCUGUUGAGCUUGUUUUUGUGGCAAUAUGCAGAGUGGCAGCCGCCCCCAGCUCGCUUGGCAAAGGGAACAGAUGUGGUUGGCUCUUCAGGCGUUGGGCUUCGAGUCCGGCGUGGAGGCGGCUAAUGCAGGCAAGACAAUGGUCCAUGUAACGUUUGGAGUAAACAUGUUUGACAAGCCAAAUAAGGAUGCGUUUUAUGUGGUUUUUCACUUUCUUUUUGGAAAGCUGGAUAAUGUGCGCUGCAAGGAAGUUUUCAGGUAUUGUUGGCCUCCAAUAGACAAGAAAAGAGAUGCUGAGUUCAGAAAAGCAUGCUGUGAAUGGCUUAAAAAAAUUUCAGAUGAAGUCGGUGCAAGCUUUCCUCAAGUGGUGGCUUCAAUAUUUCUUUCACCUGGGGGUCCCAAGUUUGUGCAUCUUUUGUAUCAUUUUGCAAGAUAUGUUAUGUUACAACAUAUAAAAAGAGAUGCUGAUGGUGCUAAUGUUUUUAUCGCGGAAGCUCUGCAAUGUAAAAUUCAAGAUCCACAGAAAGCAUUGGCAAGAAAUAAGCUGGCACGCCAAAAGUAUUUAAGGGUUUUGCAGAGAGAAAACCAUGUUAUCGAGGAAUAUCAAAGAAAAGCCCAGUUACUGAUAAAACAAAUAAGGGAUAUGCGUUCUGAACAUGUUGCAUUGCAGAACCAACAAAAAAUAGCUGAAAGUGUAGACCGAAAGAUCAGUGAUAAAGAUGAAAAUAUUCAAAAGAUAAGGUGUACGUGGAAUGCAAUUAUGCAAAUGUUAAAAAUGAUGGAAAAGGAAGUGGAUGUUGUAGAUGCUGUGGUCAGCGGUAACAUUGAUCAGUACUGUUUAGAUGGAACAAACGCAACUUUAAACAUCCCAAAUCUGCUGAUCUCCAGAAUUGAAAGUGAAAUGCACAGGUUGCAAAUGGAGAAUGUCUAUGAAGCCGGGAAAGUAAAUCUCUUAACAAUUGUUCAGUUGCUAAAUGAAGCUUUAAAACUAGUGAGUGGAGAACGCUGUCUAUAUGACUGCAAAGGAGUUUGCCUAGAUCUACAGUAUCUUAAUGGGAAAGCAAAGUUUGAGAGUGAGGUUCUAACAAGACUGAGGAACAUGAGGCAUAAAAUAAAGCGUGAAGAUCUAGUGUCCAUUGAAAAAUCUAUUGCAGACAAAGAAAGAGAGUGGGAAAGAAAAUGGAAAAAGAUCCUCGGGAAGUCCCCUUUUAUCCUCUUAAAAGGGCUAAAUCCAGCACUAGAAUUGAACCCUCCUAUGGCCCCUUUUUCAUUUGACCCUGCUUCAGAAGAAGUCUUAAAAAGCAGUAUAUUUUGCCAUUACCCAGCUUCUCUGCAAGAGUAUUCCCACAAAGAAAAUCCCUUAAAGGACUUAAAGCGAGAUCCUGGUGGAGAGUUAUUACAAAGGUUAAUUGGUGCCACAGUUUUAACACCCUCUGGAAGGAAGUCUACAUCUUCUCUUGGAAUGGCAACUCCAAUUAGACGCAGAAUGUCUCUAAAUGAAAAAGAGUUUCAGACUCCGAACAUGUGUGAUCAAACAGGAUUCCAAAGAACUCCAAGUUCUGUAGUACAGAAGAGAAUGUCUGAUGUAAGCUGGAAAACUGCAGCAAAUAGCCCAUUGCCACAUACACCAACACCUUACAAACAAGAUCCCAAGAAUAUGGCACGACGGCAACUUGCUCAGCAGGUUGCAGAUUACAUUGUUUCUGAAUCUCCAAGAUCCUCAGCAGGAAGGGGAAUGGAGAUUGAUGACUUGCUAGGUAUUUUAUCGUCUGAUCCCUUCUUAUCAAAAAAAGAAAUCCCUAGAACUCCUGAAAAUUUAAUUUCAGAUAUUAGAAGCUCAUGGAGAAAAGCUAUCCAGAGUGUAGAAUCUUCAGAUGUUGCAAGCCCUGUCGCAGCUCCAUGCAUGGAUUCAACAGCAGAACUAGAAUCUGCACAUUGCAGUCAAAUAGACUUGAGCAUGGCCUGCUUUUUGUCUACCUCUCAUGCUUCGGAGCAAAAUGAUUGCUCAAGAACGAGAAUUCCUCCUAAUACUGGUGGUAAUAAUUCUGCUAGUCUUCAUAGUGAUGUUGGUCACCAUGAAAGCACUGAUCUGAAAAGUGAAACUGAUUUAUCAAAGUCAGAAGAUUUGAGUCUUCCUACAAAGGAAAGUGAGCAUGCACUGAUAAAUCUCCUCGAUGACAAAAAAGAGAGUAAUGCGGAAGCACUGAUCGAUCCAAUGGAGAACAAAAAUAAAACUCUUGUUUUUGGCAACCAGUCAGUUCAUAAAUUAAUGGACAAAACAGUGCUUAUUUCUGUCUCUGGUCAAGAAAAUCUAUCUGCACAUUCAACUCUGCCAUGGAAUUCAUCUAAUGUCUUAACCUGUGAUAGUAGUUCAGACAGCCAUGAAGUCAUCCAGCUUGGAAUUUUGCAUGAAACCCUGCCUGAGAAUGCAGGAGGGAAUGUAAGUCUUAAUAGCACAAUUAGUUUAGGAGGUGAUGGUGAACCUUUUGAGAAAAGUGAAUUGCCAGACCUUGACUUUACCUUUGAUAGAAAUGAGCAUUCAUCCAUAAGCAUGGAGGGUAAAAUGGAUAUUCAUUACAUUCGCAGUCGGUAUGAAGCCCUCAAAUUAACUUUAACAUCUUUGACAGAUGAAGAGCAUCAUGGUGAUCAGGACACCUCUAAUAUGAGGUUCACCAAGCAUAAAUCUGAGUCAAGUCUCCUACUUGGAUCUGAUGUGUACAGCCCUAUGGAAAAAGGUUUAUCAUUGGACUUAGAGUAUUUAACUUCUCCUUUGCCAAAGGACAGAAAGCUUUCUCUCCCUCAACUGAUAUCUUUUUCUCCAGAAAGCAUUAGUUUGGAAAAGCAAGAAGACAUUUUAGAUGUUUUUGAGUCCCAAGAUUUCAAAAACCAAAAUAAAACCUUUGAUUUUAUGAGCUCUGGAUUAGACCUACAUAAAAGCACAGAUGAAGGCCUGGAACAGCUUAUUAAAUUAUGAAAUGUCUGACAGAUUUGUAACAUGUUGAUGGUUAAUAUUUGUAAAUAAAUAAACCAUAGUUUAAUGAA